UUUUUUGCAACAUUAAUUACUUUAGUCCAUUGUUCUCGUGAGCAAUCUCCGGUAUUAAUUAAUUAUUCACCGCUCACUUUUUUCUGGCAGAAGCAUUAACAAUUUGUCUAGGGGAUAUUUUUUCUUUUUCGUUUUUACUCUGUAGACAUUGCUUCUAAGCAAAACCAGAUUCAGACAAGGCACAAAAAGAAGAAAUAAUAAGAAUAACAAACAUGAAAUUUGAGCUUGUCUUCAUACCAUAUCCGGGGAUCGGCCAUCUCAGAUCAGCCGUGGAGGUGGCUAAGCUACUCGUCAAGCGAGACCACCGCCUCUCUAUCACCGUACUGCUCCUUCCUUCUCUUCCCGGCGGAGAAGUCGUUUCUUCCGCCUACGUAGCAUCCCUCUCCGCUACAUGCACCAACCGUCUCCGCUAUGAAAUCAUAUCCGGCGAAAACACCGAGCCUACGAGGCUCGACAUCCACAUCGAGAAUCAGAAGCCGAAGGUGAGACUCGCCGUUUCAAAACUCGUCGACGACUACUCAAAGCUACCGGAGCCGCCGCGUCUAGCCGGGUUCGUCGUCGACUUGUUCUGCACUCUGAUGAUGGAUGUGGCGAGCGAGUUUCGCGUCCCGAGCUAUCUUUUUUACACGUCCAGCGCAGGACUUCUCGGACUAGGGUUUCACGUUCAGACAUUGUACGAUGAGAAUAGGUACGGUGUGAGUGAAAAUGAUUACGAAGACUCGGAAGAGGUGUUGCAUGUCCCUAGUUUGUCUCGUCCUUACCCUGUGAAAUGCCUUCCUCACGGCCUCGCGUCGAAAGAUUGGCUACCGAUCUUGGUAAAGCAAGCAAGAAGAUACAGAGAGAUGAAGGGCAUUUUGGUAAAUACUACGGCUGAGGUUGAGCCUUAUACGUUGCGAGUUCUCAACGGUGGUGAUACUCCUCCUGCUUAUCCGGUGGGGCCGCUUUUGGACCUCACCUCCAAGGAAGACAAUAAAGGAUCGGACAUUUUGGAAUGGCUCGACCAGCAACCGCCUAGAUCGGUCGUGUUCCUCUGUUUCGGGAGCAUGGGUGGUUUCAGUGAGAAACAAGCAAGAGAGAUCGCCGUCGCGCUCGAGAGAAGUGGCCACCGUUUCCUCUGGUCUCUCCGUCGGGCAUCUCCUCCCGGAGAGUACACAAAUCUGGAGGAAGUUCUCCCGGAAGGGUUCUUUGACCGGACUAAACAGCUAGGUAAAGUGAUCGGUUGGGCCCCACAGGUUGCGGUGCUUGCUAAGCCGGCGGUUGGAGGUUUUGUCACUCACUGUGGGUGGAACUCUACGCUGGAGAGUCUAUGGUUCGGAGUUCCGACCAUGGCGUGGCCGUUGUACGCUGAACAGAAGUUCAACGCUUUUGAGAUGGUGGAAGAACUUGGACUAGCGGUGGAGAUAAGGAAGUAUUGGCGCAACGAUCGUUCGGUUGAGUUAGUUACCGCGGAAGAGAUAGAGAGAGCAAUCAAGUGUUUGAUGAAGCAGGAUAGCUAUGUGAGGAAGAGAGUGAAGGAGGUGAGUGAGAAAUGCCAUGCUGCCUUAAUGGAUGGUGGGUCAUCUCAAACUGCUUUGAAGAACUUCAUUCAGAAAGUGUUUGAGAAUAUCUCGUGACAAGGAUAGUUAGAGACUGACCCUUUCAACGCUCUUGAAUGGUAGACCCAAGUUAUGUUCCUUUAAAAAUUGCAUGUCUCGUACGUGUAUGUGUGAGUUUCUGUACCGUCUUGAGAUAAUGGUUUUGGUUUGGUCAUGUAUGAUGAGAACAAUGGUAUUUAGUUC